AUGGAAGUGGGCGCGGCCGCGGCCGCCGCGGCCGGCGCCGCGGGGCUGCACUUGGCAGGAUAUAACCGAGCCAACUACUUCGAGAAUCUGCAUCUGAAGCAGAGCCGCAACUUUCGAAAGCAGCAGAUCGUGGGCUCCCAGGCGGAUUUGUUCCGCGCGGAUGUGGAGCAAGCGAUCGGCGCCUCGAGCGCUGUACAGGACCGGCUCAUCGUGGUGUCAGCGUUGCUGUUGGGCGUCACCGCCCACACGAACGGCUGGACCUUACCAGAAGCCACACGAGACUUCCUCGAAGACAUUUUCUACCUUUGCAUCAGCAAUGCGUUCCUCUACUUCUUGGUUUCCCUGAUCGCUUCCAUCAGUGCCAACAUUCUGGCGAGGAAGUGCCAGAAGGAGCUCUUGUGCAACUGCGUUCGGCCACCCUUCGCGGAGAUGAUGAGGGACGUGGACCUGGCGGCGGAGCUGGAAACGGCGGAGGCCUUCGAAAAGCAAGGCGUGUCGCAGGUGCUCCGCAUCCCUGGGGCUGAUCAACUCACAGGGCAAAAGCUGGGCGUCGAGCAGCUGUGGCAGAAGGUGGACUCCGAGAGCACCGCCUUGAUGGACCGACUCAUUCAGCAGCAGAUCUCCAAUGAGCUCACGCUCAUGGUCACCGGUUCUCUCAAGGUCAGACUCGUUCGGGUGCGCGUCGUAACCGGAACUUCCGUGGAGUGCACUGGACGGGUUGCGCGAACUGGACUUCGGAUGGAAAAGGAUCGAGGUGGAGGUCCAGGUGGAGGUCCAGUUCCACAAGCCCCAUACGAAGAUCAAGGUUCCGGGUGGGUGGCUUCACAUUGA